AUGUAUACCUCUAUUAUCUUUUAUGCUCUCAUCGCCCUUAAUGGCGUCAUGGCAUCUCCGGCCCAAGGCCCCGAGGUUGAACCUCGAGCAAUUGAGCCUCGCAUUCCUUCUCUGGGGGAUAUCCCGUUCCCGAAAUUCCCAGCUCGCAACCCCAACAGCAACAAAAUGGGUGGUGGCAACAACAACAACUGCCCCUCGAGCUCGGGUACGAGCACUCAGUCGAACGCCUGCUCUUCAGGCAGCCCAUACUGCUGCAGCAGCGAUGGGAACGGCGGACACGUUUGUUCGAACACCACCGCAUGCGAUACAACAAUUAUCUGCUGCAACAAUAAUAACGGCUUCCAAAUUUGCAUUGGCGAGCUCGAUUUCAACGCACCGAUCACCAUCAACAUCUAUGAAUGA